GCGACCUGGCCGACCCCGUGCCCGUGGACCUCGGCGCGGACCCGUACAGCGACGACCCCCACGACCGCCACCCUGGGCUGAUCUUCCACAACAACAAGCCCUGCAACGCGGAGCUGCCCAUCGAGCUCAUGAUGGACGCGUGGGUGACCCCGAAUCCGGUGUGGUUCAUCCGGCACCACCACCCG